GCUUAGUUUUGCCCCCGUGAAAUUGUCAUUGCCCAGUUGCAAACAGAACCGCUUCUGAAACAAGUUUGCAUGAUCCCUCUUGGAUUCAUUGACCUUUCCAUAUCUUGAGAUUGAGAUACAAAUCUCGUACUUUUUUUUAUUUUUAAGAAGAUGAUCACCUUGUUGAAGAAGAGGAUGGGGAUGGUUGAAAUUUUUGAAAUGUCCAAGAUGAGGAGAACAACCUUCAUGAAACAGGUGUUGGUCAUUGGUGUGAUGGUUAUGUUGUUUGUUGCUGAUGCAGCUGAUACAAAUGAUGUUUAUAGUCCAUGUCUUGAUGCCAAAGUUCAGAGAGGAGAUGGCUUCACCUUUGGUAUUGCACUUGCGGAUAAGCAAAUUUUCUUCCAAGAUGGUAAUGGUCCUCAGCUUUCCCCUUGCGACUCGCGCCUUGGUCUCUCAAGCAAAGAAGCACAAGCUGCUAUGUUUAGGCCAAAGGUGGAUGAGAUCUCCCUGCUUACCAUUAACAGGAGCGCCUUAGACUCGGGAAAAACUGGUGGAUACAUGGUUGCAUUUGCUGGACAGAAAUAUGCAGCAAGAUCACUACCAAUUAUGUUUGCAGACAAUAGUCACACAAUUACCAGUUUCACUUUGGUUCUUGAAUUUAAAGAGGGGACCCUUCAAAACUUGUUCUGGAAGAGGUUUGGUUGUGGUGCAUGUUCUAAGGGAAGCGUUUGCCUGAAUAAUCAAGAUUGUGCAGUGCCAAACACAGACUGUCAGAAGAAUGGUGGAACUACAUGCAAUAUAGGCAUACAGUUGACAUUCUCAGGGACUGACAAGAAUCUUGAUGCUCUUAAUUCUUGGUAUGAAGUCAAAAAUCUAAGGCAGUACUCCCUCUAUGGUCUAUUCUCUGAUCAUCGUCAAUCCAUCAUUGGGAUAUGACAAGUUUUUUAAGUUUAAAUGUUUCCAGCUUGUAUGGUUAGGAGACUAUACCCAUUUAUCUGUUCUACAUGUGAGUUUAAGUGUCUUUCAUCUCUCUUCACAUUCAAAAGUCAAAAAUCCCAACAACUUGAUGUUUCUAUUUAUCCCA